UUAAAAUGUGAACACAGUCUUAAACAAUUCAAAGUUUUUAUUUUAAGUGUACUCUCCGUUCAGUCAUAUGUCAAAUUGACAAUUCUCAUUUCCACGUGCAAAUGCCCUCCAUCUGUCAUUCUUGCAAUUGAAAACCGGUAGGAAACAAAAACAAUAGAGAACUUUUAAAAAUAUGCCAGAGGAACAGGAUAAAUCAGAAGAUGUCCUUGCCUAUACGCAGCGUAACGAAUUUACUUCGGAAAUUUUCAAAAUCGAAGUCAGAAAUUUGGGAAUCUUUGGUGUUUGGGAACUGAAGAAACUUCUCAAAACAACUUUGAACUUAGAUGCCAGCAAAAUUAAGUCCCCAAAUCGUCGGGACUUUGCAUUUGUUUGUUUCCGUAGCCAAGAAGACCAGGAGAAAGCUAUUUCCGUAUUAAAUGGAUACAAAUGGAAGGGAAAGGUCCUUACGGCCAUGCAAGCAAAAGCUUCGGCAGAUCCCUUGAUUAAACGACGUAACGAAGGCAACCAACGCCAGGACGACCAACCCAAACGACAAAAGACCUCCGUAGAAGCCACAUGUCCUCUAGCUGGUCUUCCAUACAAAGAGCAAAUAGAACAGAAACGAUCCGAAAUGGAGAAUCUCCUCAAGACUUUCGGCAAAGAACUAAUUAAGUUCAAUCCAGAUGCAAGAAAAACCUGUUUCCCGCCUAACUCUGAGUUGCCAUGCGAAUUCCUGGGAAUACGAGAAUCCCCUGUAGUUGAUGGAUAUCGCAACAAGUCAGAAUUUACAGUGGGUAAGAAUUCCGAAGGCGAAAUCGUUGUUGGUUUUCGUUUGGGUUCCUAUGCUGAUGGUUCAGUGGAGGUUUGUACGGUCGCUGAUUUACCCCAUGUCUCGGAUUUGGCCAAGAAAGCUGCCAUAACGUUCCAAGAGUAUGUGAGGCAGUCAAAGUUUCUGCCAUUCAAUCCAGAGCACAAUGCCGGACAUUUCCGUCAAGUCACCGUCCGGACUUCUGAUGAAACAGGCGAAGUCAUGCUGGUUGCAGGAGUUUACUCCUCCAAUCUCACCGCCGAAGAAGUGCCUCUUCUAAAACAGGAACUUGUUGACUUCUAUUCAAACUAUGAUAAGUCUAAGUUCAAUUGUUCAAGUUUGUAUUAUCAGGAUUUGCGACGUCGUCAGGCCGGGGAGACCUACAAUCCAGUAGAACAUCUCACCGGAAGCACCCACAUCACCGACGACAUUCUGGGUUUAAAAUUCCGCAUAAGUCCCCUGGCUUUCUUCCAAAUCAACUCCAAGGGAGCUGAAGUUCUGUAUCAGGAAGCAAUCGAUCUGAUUGCUCCCAAGGAACAGACAACUGUCCUCGAUAUCUGUUGUGGAACCGGGACGAUAGCCCUAAGCUUCGCCAAACACUGCAAAAAGGUUCUGGGAGUGGAAAUCAUCGAGGAUGCCAUCAAAGAUGCUGAAUUCAAUGCCAAAGAAAAUUCAAUUGAGAAUUGCAAGUUUUACGCUGGAAAUGCCGACGAUUACAUUCAGUCGAUGGUGAGGGAAGUCGUCUAUGGAGCUGGAAUCCAUAAAGAUCAACUGGAUUUGGUGGCUAUUGUUGAUCCUCCUAGAGCUGGAUUGCACAAUAAAUCGAUUGCUGCGAUUCGAAGUGCCUAUGACCUCAAGCGUCUUGUGUACAUAUCAUGUAAUCCCAAGAGUGCUCAACGGAACUGGCUUGAUUUGGCUCGAACAGAGUCCAAGCAAUACAAGGGCAGUCCUUUCUACCCCACCAAAGCUGUUGCCGUUGAUAUGUUCCCACAUACAGCCCACACGGAAAUGGCUAUACUUUUUGAACGAAAAGAAGACACCGAUGAUUCAGAAGCAGUUCAAGAGAAUAAGGAAGUAAAAGAAGUUGAAAAAGAAACCGAAUCUAAAGAGGAAACGAUGGUGCAAGAUGGGUGAGAGCUAAAAGCUUCAAAACUCAAGUUUAAGGGUAAAUUAAAUAAUUUAAACAAAAUCAAAUAAACACCGAUAAAGAGGGUGGAAGACUUGAUUCGAAAAAAUUAAAUGUUUUAUUUUUAUUUUAAUCAAAUAAAUGACAAUGCAACUUUUCUUAUCGUUACAUUUUACAUUGGAAA